UUCUUCUUUUUCUUCUUUUUGGCUGUCUGUCAAUGGCCAGUGACUCCCAUUCACGAGCCAAGGGCGGGCUUGGUGUAUCGAGGCCUGCCACUGGAAGCAAUCUGGAAGCGGAGACGCGAAGGAAACGUCGACGGAUUGACAGCGACGAUGAAGAGCCCAACACGCAAAAUUUGGCGGGAAAUCUGGAUUCAGCGGAACAGUCAAGCGCGAGCAUGGACAACACGAUGCCCGUUGUGCCAGCCACUGAGGCGGGUGAUGGAGCUACUGUAGCGACCUCUGCUUGCACGCCCGUCCAGUCGGAACAGCCGCGUGUUGGCAGUGAGACUGAAGCAGGCAGCAUCGAGCAAGCGCCGUCUGCUACUGCUGCUGCUGCUGCUGCUGCUGGCAGUGCAACGCCAACGCCAGUCGCACCUUCACGACGAAGCGUACGGCAACAUCAGCAGCAACUGAUGCGACCGGACGACAGUGCCGACGAGGACGACGACGAGUCGAAUCCCAUGCGCCGGCCGUCGUACCGCCGCGUCAUGGCGACGCUUGCUCCUCGCCUCCACCCGCUGCCGGUGCGUGCGCGCAGCCAAGACAGCCCAGAUGCACGAAGCAAGUCCAGCCGAGAGAUCACAGCUUCGUCAAGCAGCAGGUCCAAAAGCCGCCGACAGGACGCAGUGGACGCGGACGACCAUGAUGAUGAUGAUGAUGAUGAUGAGACCACUCUGCAGGAUGAACAUGACGAUGAACCACCAUCGGCGUUUGGCAAGUUUUACGCGCUGACAUCGCGUCCAGUGCCAUUCUCACGAUGGGACUCUUCGAGCAAGUCGCAGCGGCUGUACGAGGGGCUGUCAAGGCGCCUCGAUGCCAUGCUCCUUUCGCGAGCGACAUCGUCCAACAAAAACAACGCGGCAGGACGUGCAACUCGUUCAAGUCACAAUUCGAGCAAAUCAGCCCCUGGCAAAAUCAACCCUGCCACGGCUGAUGAGACGACGCGAGCCCCAGAGCGUGCCGUGGAGCACGAGCACCAGCAAGUGUUUGUUGAUCCUGCGUCGCGCAUGGUUGUCGACGACCCUGCGCUGCUCAACGCAGAGGGCGCAUAUGCAACGGUGCAGGACUGGAUUGCCGAGUACAACUUGACCAAGAUCCAAAUUCCCGACCCCGAUGCAACGAUAUCUGCGGCAAGCUUCAAAGAGGUUUCCGACAAGACCACAGAUUCUGCUCGACCACCCUUCAAACGGCCGCUGCAUUAUAUUCGUCACACUGUGGACGAUUUGGAUGUGCUCUCGCCGCAUUCUACUGUAUGUCUGUACGAUAUCGAUGCGCAGGACGAACAACGGAUUGCCUUAAUCAACAGCACGCUGCAAACCGCAUGGGCAGAAGCUCAUGCCGCCCAACCAACGCUCCAACCAGACCCGCAUGCCUCGCUGACCAAAUUCACGCGCUGUGCGGCCUUGCCAGAGCCGCCGCGACUUUCCACCCAGGACUUUGAACGUAUAUUUUUCGAGCUUGAAAAGAGGACCUUCCACGAAAUGCAACGGCGCAUCGUGCUCGAACGUAAUAGCGGCGUCGAGUUUAAUCACGACAUUGUCUGCGAUGUUUGUCUGAGCGGAGAUAGCGAGGAUGGAAAUAACAUUCUCUUCUGCGAUGGAUGCAAUCUUGCAGUGCAUCAAGCUUGCUAUGGUGUCGAAAGCGUUCCCGAGGGGGCAUGGUUUUGCUAUCCGUGCGCGCAUUCUUUGACAGAUGCCAAGUGCAUUUUCUGCCCAAACCGAGGAGGUGCGCUCAAACCUUGCGCGCCAAGCAAAAUCACCGCACGCCUGCGACCCAACGGGCCAGCUCUGGCACAUAUCAGCUGUGCAAUGUGGAUUCCGGAAGUCUCCUUUGGAGACGCCGACGCGAUGGAACCGGUCGAAUCGGUCGACAACAUUCCCCGCGAUCGCUGGCAGUUGCCCUGCGACACCUGCUACCAAAACAAGCAGGGCGCUCCCAUCCAGUGCUCGGUCAAGACGUGCAUGAAGGCCUUCCACGUGACGUGUGCGCAGCGCGAGGGUCUGCACAUGGAGAUUCAGGACAUCAAGUCGGGCGAUAUCAGCUACGUGGCCUACUGUCGAAAGCACACGACUGCCAUCUUUCCCGAUAGCUGCAAGGACGCCAAGAAGCGCGACCAAGCGCUCGAUGCCGAAGCGCAGAGCACCAUUUUGCAUCGAUUGCAGCACAUUGAGAAGGAAUUUUGGGCGUGUGUGACGCCGACUCAGGUUGCUUCGCUCAUUACGACCAUUCCUGCAUCAUCCGUGACGCCCAUGGCAACCGUUGAAUCAGCAGAAGCGACAAUUGUAACUGCGCCGGCGGACGCUUCCGACCUGCCACAGCCGCAGCCUGCCGAGGUGGAGCAGAGCAUGGCCUCCUCCCGCUCUGGCUCUGUGGACUCGCCAAUGGCAGCAGACGCAGCCAAACCAACGCAUCCUGCUGACACCCCUGUCGCCGAGGACGUCGCUCCUACGCUAGAAUUGACUCCUGCUCUCGAGUUGGCCACGGCCGUGUACUGGUACUGGGUAAUGAAGCGGCGGGCAAGAGGUGGAGCGCCGUUGCUGCGUCAAUUCCUGACCCAAGUCCCCAAGGUCCAUUCCCUUGAGGCCACCGGCACCGCCUCGUUGUUAACGGCUGAGGAACUGGCGCGCAGUGGCGACCAAAUCCAUGGCACUGCCGAAACCCACGUCCAGCUCCUCAACGUUUCUCGUUCAAAGUUGCGGGAUGUCAAGCACUAUUUAACCUCCGCUGUGGGUAUGGAGAUCCUUAUGCAGCAGCAAGCAGUGAUUCUGCUGCAGGGCAUUCUUUCGAGUUUGGAACCGCGCGUUGCAACAGCAACAGAUGUGGGUGCAGCAGUCUUGAGCGAGAUGCAGCAGCUUCUGACCGAUGCCACAAGCAGCUUGGAGGCCAUUCCCAACCGCCUACACCUCUCAUCGGCAAGCCUGAAUGCGUUGGGCUCGGCCACUCUCAACUCUAACCGGGAUCUUUCCAGCUACUGCUGGGCCUUGAGUCGGGCUGCUGCCAACCCGAGCCCAGCCUCCACAAACAUGCACAGCAUGAGCGGCUCGCCAGCUCCCGCGGCAACUCAUUCUAUGGCUUCCAACACCACACGUGGAUUGACAUCCAGCAGCCACAAGCGCAGCGCCAAAGCGCCACUUUCCACCAGCGCCCGCUCUCCUUUGCCUGCAGGGUUUGGCUCUUCGCCGUCGCCAACCAUCCCUGAAUUUAAAGUCCCGCCCAAAGAAUUGCAUGAUGCUGAUACGCCUCCUCCAUCGGACGAUGUUCGAGCUGAAAUGAUGGAAAUGAGUUGAUCUCGUCAGCUGGAAGGUGUUUUGUUUGUUUGUUGGUUGGUUUUGUUUGUCUGGGGUUUUUGCAUAAAUCGCGCUUUGAACACACAUGUCAC